AUGAUUACUUUUGAUUCACCGACUGUAUUUAAAUGGAAAAAAUUCGAUAUAGUCAAGCUAUUUGUAGCAAUCAAUGAUAAAGAAAAUGAUUAUCGAGAAAAAAGAGAACAUACGUACAGUCAAGUUCUGGAAACAUGCCGUGAUCUUCUUAAAAGGCCAGGAAUUCAUUCAGUGAUCUCAAUGAAAGCAGCUGGAUUCACAUAUACUAAUGUUGGAGAUACCGUUCGGUGUGAUCAAUGUAAACUUGAAGUAUCCAAUUGGACGGCAACUAUGAGUCCUUUCGGUAUUCACGCCGAACGUUGUCCAAACUGUAGUUUUGUUCGCGCAAUGCAACCAUCAAAAGAUUCUGUUCUCUUUCCGUCCACUUUUCCACAACUAAUGGAAUCAUCGAAUGAGAAAGAGAAGUCUUCUAUAUGGCAGAAAACCGAAGAAAAUCCUAGAGAAAGAAAUACGUUUGGUACAUUGAAAGAAGUAGAUAUACUCAAACAAGUACGUUAUCGAACUUUUUCACAUUGGUCUCAUAGUCAUGCACCAUCUCAAGUACAAAUGAUUGAAGCUGGAUUUUUCAGUUGUAAUAUUGGUGAUCGAGUUAUUUGUUUAUAUUGUAACCUCAUUUGUCAACAAUGGACAUCGAAUAUAGAUAAUCCAUAUGAAGUACAUAAAAUUCUAUCACCUAAAUGUCCUUUUGUAAAAGCUAUGCUUCUACAUCGUGAUGAAUCAUCUAUUCUUAUUAUCAAUGAAAGUUCACUAAGAAAUAAUUCCCAAACAGUUAAUUCUCAUUUAUUUCAUUUAAAUGAAAUCGUUCAUACGACCGCUUGUCAUGCUGAUUAUAUUGAAAUUCCAAAACGUCAUGCAUCCUUUCUGAGUUGGCCCAAAGAAAAUGUACCUUCGGUAGAUGAUCUUGUUCGCGCUGGAUUCUUCUAUACUGGUAAGAAGACAAUUGUUACUUGUUUCUAUUGCAAUGGAUCAUUACAAAAUUGGGGUUCAAAUGAUAAUCCAACUAUUGAACAUGCACGAUGGUUUCCUCAAUGCAAAUAUGCUAAACAACUCUGUGGAGAUAAACUUUAUCGAAAAAUUCAACAAUCAAAAUAUAUUCAACAAGAACGUUCAAGAGAAACUAAUUUAGUUAAUAAUUCGAAUUCAAAUAAUCAGAAAGUAGAAAAACAAGAUGAUAGUACUUUAUCACGAUUGGUAGCUGCUCGUUUAGAUUUGUCAAUAUCACAACGAUUGAUUGAUGAAAAUUUCAAAUUAUCGAUAAUCAAACGUUGUUGGGAAGAUCAAUUUCGAUUUAAACGAGACGAUUUUCUAACAGAUUGUGAUCUUUUAAUAGCUUGUCUCAUUCUUCAAAAACAAAUUGAACAUAUUAGUGGUAACAAAGACAAUAUUAUUGUACCUAGUAUACAAAUGAAAAAAAUUCGCCAAAGAGAAUAUCAAGAAGUUCAGCCUGCAUUAUCAUCACUUUCAUCUGAUCCAUCAAAUAAUCCUACUAUUAACAUAACUUCAUCGACUCAAUCUACAACUAAUGAAUCUAAUUCAAUAAUAGCAGUCGAAACAAACAAGACUGAAAUGACAAAAUCAGAAAAUACACGUUCGAUGAAUACUCUAUUUGAGCUGAUGCAAACGACAAAUUGCUCGUUAAAAAAUCCGUGUGCACUAUGUAUGAGUGAAGAAAGACAACUUGCAUGCAUUCCAUGUGGUCAUAUGGCUACAUGUGUACCAUGUGGACAUUCACUUCGAUUAUGUCCUAUUUGUCGACAACCUAUUGACGCUUUUAUUCGAAUUUACUCAUGA